CUGCAGCUGCGCAGGCGCAAGCAGAGGAACGGCGCAGCCAGGCAGGGAACAGCCCAACACCAGCAGCCCCAGCCAUCACAACAAAGAGCCAGACUAAGCCAGUCAUUGAUGGGGCAGCUCUGAGGAUAGACGACAAACUUCGAGUGGCCAGAGAGAGGAGAGAAGAGCAGGAAAAGCAACAUGCGGCCCGUGAGACUCAGCUCCUGGAGCGAGAGCGCAAGACCCGGCUGCAGGUGGAGCGUCAGAUGGAGGAGAGACAAAAGAAGUUUGAAGAGCAGCGCAGGAAGGAGGAACAAAGGAGAGCUGCAGUGGAGGAGAAAAGAAAACAGAAAUUAGAGGAAGAAAAAGAACACUAUGAGGCUGUGAUGAGGCGUACCAUGGAGCGCAGCCAGCGAGUAGAACAGAGACAGAAGAGAUGGUCCUGGGGUGGACUUUCAGACUCUGACAACAAAAAUGGACAGAGUGACAGUGGCUCCAGCUCCUCCCAGAUUGCUAUAGUUAUCUCCCCUGCUUCUCCAGCCUCCAAGCCACCCAGGAAUCAGACGUCACAAGAUAAGCGCUCUUCCUCUACUACGAACCUGAAACAGACUGACUCAGUCAUCAGCAAGCGUCUCUCCUCAUCCUCUGCCACCCUCAUUAAUUCUCCUGAUAAAAGUGCGAAGCGGAGAAGUUCAUCUUUGAACCGGUUGCCUAGCAAUGGUCCUCAGGCCUGUAAAGAAGCUCAUAAGCAGCCUCAGGUGGAAAAGACAGGCCCAAUCCCGAAGAAGCGAAGCUCCUCCCUCUCUCGAGUGGGGGCUAAAACACAGCCCGCCACCAAACCAGAGAUAUCCACAGCAGAUGAAUCAGCUCGCCGCUCGUUGGCCGCACCCGUGGACAGCGGUGUCCUCAGUCGGCUGCUCACACCCACCCAGGCCUCACUAGCUAGAAGCAAGAGUGCCGUGGCCCUGUCUGCCGAAGGAGGCGAUGCCCAAGAGUCUCACCUGUGUCCUCGUUCAGCAUCUGCCAGCCCCAUGCAGCCCCCGGCCCGCGGAGCCCUACGCAGUCGCAGCAGCGACCGAAAGAAAGGCCCGCCUACUUCUGUGUCUGCGGAUGCCAUCUCCAGUAUGACACAGAAAGGUGAGAAGGAGAAGCGUUUCACGUCACCAGUAGGAAAACGCCCUGCCUCGCCUUCCAGCCAUCACCGAUCCCCAUCUCCUGCUCCCGCUGCUAACUCCACCUCAAGAGCGCCCUCACCUGGAGCAGCCAAGCAGAGUCCACGCUUCCGCCCUCCUUCCCCCAGUGGCUUGAAACAGCGUCCUCCAUCCCCUCAGCCCUCUGCUGCAUCCAAACCUCCACCCAUCCAGAAACCUUCUCUAACCCCCACCGGCCCGCCCACGCUUCGCAGGAGGGAUUCUAAGCCAAAAGAUAUGUCUCCCAUUAUGCCUGUCGCCCCACAGUCUCCGGAAACCAGCACAACACCCACACCAACACCCAAGACCAAAGAGGAAUCCAAUUCCAAAGCCAACGCAGGAACCAACUCAGCUGCUGAGGCUUCCAAGAUCCUGGCGGAGAACCGUCGUCUGGCCCGUGAACAGAAGGAGAAAGAAGAGCUACUCCGCAUACAGAAAGAAGAAGAGGAGCGGCUGAGGAAAGAGGAGGAGAAGCGUCUGGCACAGGAGGAGCGCUUGAGGCGCGCAGAGGAGGAGAAGAGGCUUGCGGAGGAGAGGAAACGAGAAGAGGAGGAGCAGGCUCGUAAAGCAGAGGAGGAGAGACAGCAGACAGAGCUAGAGGAGCAGCAAAGACAGGCUGAGGAACAGAAAGAGCGUGAGGAGGCUGAAGCAAAGGCCUUAGAGGAGGCAGAAAAGCAGCGUAUAGAGAGAGCACUCGUUAUGCAAAAGAACCAACAGGAGCGCAUGGAGAGAAAGAAGAGAAUUGAAGAAAUUAUGAAGAGAACCAGAAAAACAGACCAAAUGGAUUUUAAGAGUAAUGAUGAUGAGAGAGACAUUCCUAAUGAAAAUGGAGAGGAGGCUGAGGACCAAAUAAACUGUGAAGAUAAUGAAAAUCAGGCUGUUGAAUCAGAGCAGAGUGCCAAUGAGACAGAGCCGUCGGACGAGCCAGUUGCCGAACAGGAGGAGCCAGAUGUUGGUAUGAACAGACAAACAGAUGCGGAUAAUAAGGAGAACAGCAAUGGACCAAGCACAGAAGAUCCCUCAGUGUACUGCAGCCCCCCUCCCAAGUCCUGUCUGAUGGAGGGCUCUGAGUUUGUGAACGAGGACUCUAAAGUGAGCCUGGUCCCUGGGUUGAAUGGUAAAGGAGGACCCUGGAGCUUUGAGGAGCUGAUCGAUCUGGGUGUUCAUGCAAAGAGCAAACCCCUGAUGGACGACGGGGGCCCUGAGGGACCUAGAGUGGCCUUUGAAGAGAAAACCAGCUCAGUUCAUCCAGCCCAGUCUAUUGAAACCCUGUCCGAGAUGUGAAUGCGCAGGUCUGUUUAAGGUCUGUCUGUUAUUGCACUCCACGAGCCUCAGAGUGUCAGCGCUCAGACUCGUCGCACAGAAAGCACACAGUGCCGCGCAGCCUCCGCAGAUAAUAGAUGGAUAAAGCAAGAGAAAAUAAACACAAGUUGGAAGAAAUGAGCUGAAGAAAUGCUUCAGGGAAAGUGAUAAAUUCCGUCAGUGUGCUUGCUUAUUUGUUUAGCAGCUCUUUAUAAUAUUGUCAUCAGGAUUUAUUUUUCGUAACAAAUGUUUUUGGGUUUCUUUUUCUUUUUGGUCUUUUAAACGUGGAGACGACUUUAUUUAUUCAUGUGGCUUCUCCACAUUUAAACGGCUGCUGUCUCAUGACGGUUACCACGUGCACUUUUUUGCUAAAUUCCAGUUCAGAUGUUCAUGUGGCACGUACAUAUUCAUUAUAAUUUCAAGUUAAGCGUUUUGUAGAAGGAUCGGAUUAGUCAUGGAGUUAGUGCAGAGCGUUUUGAGAAAGGAAAUCUCUCACAUAUCUUCAUCUGACAUGGUAGUUCCAAUCCAGUCUAGCUUCCAAUCCGUACUAAUUAAAACCCUGUGUCUGAACUGUGAGCGGAGCUCAGGAAUGUGAUGGUCCAGCAACUCUCGAGUGCUUUUAAUGUGACCUCAGGAUAUUUGUUGUUUCUCUGCUCCAAAGGAAUAAACAUCACCACUGUGUAGGGUUUAACACUAUAUUCCCUGUGCAAGAACUCGAGCUCCCGCUGAGAAGCAUUCCUACUGUGUAACACUCGUUGAUAUCAAAUCCUUCUCAAGAUGUUUCGUUAAAAACGUUUACCAGACUGUUUAUAAUUCAAAUUGAGUGCAAACAUAUUCGUACUGCCUUGAGCUCAGAGAUUGAAGGAUGAUGGAGCUCAAUGUGGACUGGCAUAACACUUGUGGCUUUUGUUUAAUGAGGUUUUUAUGUUGUACGUUCCUGUUUUGUAGUAACCUGUAUAUGUACAUAAGUAUGACUAGUUAUCAAAUAUCUAAUUUAAGUGCACCCUCAAUAACUCUGGAUGUCGGCUUGAAUCCAUGCGCUGUGAUAUUGCAUAAUAUAACAGAAUUACUGUAACUCUAACUUGCAUGUUUCUGGUGUCUGUCCCCUGGAGUUUGAAGAAACAUGUUUCAGUAACUAAACUUGAAUGAUUUAAUGUUUCUUAAAUUCCCAAAGUCCCCUCAGGGUUGUACUGUGCUAUCAAGUCCUGAUAUUUUCUUUUUAAAUACAGUUAUUGUUCGUGUACUUCUCACCGUGGAUUAAUGGAUUAAAUAACCACACUAAAUUUGGUUCUCUUUGAAAAUGCAUAAAUAUAUUUAAAAAUAUACUAUUUAAAACUCUUCUAAGUAUUAUGUAAAUCAGUAUUAGGCUGUCUAGCCAUACUUGUGGUUGUGAAUAAGAACUAGGCAGCAGGUUGGUGUACUGUAUAGUGUGGUUCAGCUCUAAACUAAAAUAUGAAAUGCUGUUCCACACUCAGGCCUGGUGUAACUAACUACACAGCAAGUUUACAAAGUGUGUGUGUUAAGUGACGCGGGUAGGGAAAAGUAAUGUGGACUGAGAGCACAAGCAAAGUAAAAGGCUUUUUAGUUGAGCAGAGUUGUUGUCGCCUUUUGUGAUUUACAUUUGCCGCUGGAGGAUUCAGGGAAGUUUAAGUGAAGAAUGCACUAGACUUUUCCUGUGUUUUAUAACAAGGAUUUGGCAUUUGACUGUUGAUUUUUCAAUGUCCAGACGGUUGUAAUGAAUGAUUGGUCUCUAUAUGCUUGAAGAGUUCAGUUGGCUGUGUAAUGUUGUUGUGUAAAUUGUUGAGGAGUUUCCUUUAAAAUAUUAUUCAGUCUAUUUUUACCAUUCAGCUGGUCAAUCCAUAAGUACAUUUCCUUAUUUGUAUCAUUCCAUCUGUGUUUAGGAAUACUGUAGUCGCUCAAUGUGUGUUUAAUGUUUCUUCUGUUGUUUUAUAUGCAUCUACGUUGUUGUUUUUAAUCUUUUGUUGUAUAAGACUGCUUUUUGACUCAGGCUCUUAGACUUCAGUGGAAAAGUGUUUGCAGAGGUUAUGUGACGCGCUUGGCAAGAGACUUGCUCAGUGAAAUUCAGAAAUGGGUUUGAUAUCAUUGGUUCGGCCUUUAACAUGUACUCUUAAAACUUCAAAUUUCCAUGUUAGUUCCAUUUGCUCUUAUAAUAUGCUAGCACAGCCACUUUCAGACGAGUUCACUCCAAUGCAGAUGUUGUUUCCACUCACGGGACCUUUCGAGCCCCUUGUGCUGUAUACAUCCGAACUGAAACUGUUCUUUAAAUGUCAAUUGUACUCAAAGCAGGGGUAGAAUAGGAUGGUGCCUUAGAUGCAGAAUGGGCUGUAUUUUAUUUUCAUAUAUUAAUAUCUUAACGCGUCACGUGAGCUUACCUCGGCCAUGACAAUCAUUCUACUCGACCAGGGUCAUGAAUAGGAUCUGCUUUUAUUAGAGCAGUUUCUUGUCUUGAAAUAGCCCUGACCACAAAUUAUAUUUGUAAAUAUAUCUAAAGUGUACUGGAAAAGUAUAAAUUGUUAAAAUAAA